CCCUUUAUAUGUUGGUCAGCCCCUGUAUCUGUACGCGGCUGACCGAUCGGCCGACUCACGGACGUCUCAGGAGAGAACAACAAAAGAAAGGAAAUAGCUGGUCGGUCAUAGUAUCACGAUAUCAUAUCAUAAGUGAGUCGCUCGUUGUCUUGAUACCAAAUGAACCGCACGGGCAAUGCAAUGCCUAUCCUGUACGUAUCACCAAGUAUGUAUGUAUAGGUAUGUGUUCAUGUACACAUGUACAUACGUACAUACUGUAUGUGUCUCUGCAUAUGUAUGUAUGUAUGUACACGCCGCCACCGAAAAACAAUCAAUCAAUGAGAGCAACAACCAACCAACCAACCCACUGCGCUCACCGCAUCCACCCCAUCCAUCUGCCUGUACAUAUCCCUCUCCUCCGCCCCCGUAUAUUCACUCCCUCCGGCACCCCUCUGCGUCCCGCCUGUCGGAGCACUCGCCUCGGGCACUGCUCGUCCGCAGCCCCGCCACACCACCACCACCACCACCAGCACCAGCACCAGCAGCAGCCUUCUGUGCAUAUCGUUUGGGGUCAUACAAGAUGGAGUUGGCGUCAAUGCGAUAGCUGAUGGCGGCGGGGAUCGUCCAGUCCCUCGGCAGCGGCGUCAGGGCCUCCACCAGGAGGUUGAGGCACGCUGACCGGCGGAACGCGGCGACGAGUGCGCCGCCGUUGCGCCACGAGAGGCCCCAUAGUGAGGACCAGUUCUCGAGUGAGCGAGCGUUGUCGAGGUAAAGGGCCGCCUGGCCGUCGGGGGAGCUGUGGGCCGCCACCCAAUUCAUCGCCAUGUCCUCGCAAUUCAACUCGCGGUUGAACAUCUCCAUCAGCCCGCUGCACACACAACGGACACACACCAUAGCAACCGGGGAAUGAAUCGCUUGUCGUUCCUCUUGGUGCGUGUGUACCGGGGCAUGGUGUGCUCGUAUUCGAGCAGCAGCCUCCUUGGCACGAGUGCAGCGGCGGUCAGGAUGAUGUUGCCGGGGUCGGCCUGAUAGUGGAACUCCCCCGUCUCGGUGCAAACGGCGAACGACCGCGAGAGGUCUUCCGUGCCCACCAGCUUGCUGUCGCCCCCGUACAGGUGAGCCACAACCGCCAUCUUGAAGAUCGUCUCGCACUCGAACGACCGGUCGUCAUCGAGAUUCAGCACGUAAUCGGUCGACGUCUCGUUGCCGAUGAGGAACCGCUCGCCGAGGUCCCUCUUGCCGGCGAUGAGACGCACGGUCUUGGGGAAGGGCACUGGCUCCUGUGGGGGGGUGGGGGUCUCCCAGAGGGAGCUGUCCUGGGGCAGCGGGCCGAAGGGGACGUCGGGCCACCAGUCGAUGAGCACCUCCUUGACCAGGGGGCAUGUGAGCAGGGGGAUGAGGUUAUGCGCCAGCCAGCUGUCGCGCCUCUUCUUGCCCAUGUACACCACAACCGUCACCGUGUCGUUGAGCUUCCCGGGGUCGGCCACCAUCCACAUGUCGGCGGGAAGAUCCAUGUCGUCCCUCUCCGUCUCGGCCCGCGACACAAAGGCCGUGCUGGGACACCUGCACGGCUCCCACUGGUCGAGCUUCACGUCGGGCGGUGGUCCAGAUGCGGGGAUGGGCGGCCUGUCAGGGCUCUGGAGGAAGCCCUGGAAGCCCCGACAGGUGUGCACAAUGGACGGCGUCCAGUCGGACCACCUCAGGAAGGCCCAGAAGCUCACCAAGAAGAUAGCAAAGAAGGCCAGCAGCGGCCCUCCCACCCUAAUCACCGGGUGCCUCGCCAGCUUGCCAAGGCAUCCACACCGACACCUCACGCACCGACACCGGCCGCAUGCUAAAGACGGCGGGCACGCACAGCGGCACCGGCAAAGGCGCGACAGCCUGCACAGAGGCCGCGAAUUCGGGGACGGCGAGUAGCAAAGGGACGGGAGGCUCCAGCAGGGACGGGAAGGGGUGGGGCUGGGGGGAGGACCGUCCGCACGGGGGCUGGGCGACGACAGGCACGACAGCCGAGUUGACCGAAGGAACAUUGUGGGUCAAGGCCUUGCAGCCGUAGACAAUAUAUGCCCCCUUCUCUGCUACUUGUGCACCGACAGGGAUGGGUGCACGGCUGUCAUGGGCUGUCGUGGUCCGCCAGCAGUGAGCUCCACCGCCCCCCACAUCCUCCGAUGAGUCCUCGUGACUUGGUCUUGCCUCACAGUCGCAGGCGUCGAGAAGAAGAGAGCAACGGGCUCUAAGACCUCGACGGUUGGCCCCUAUCCUCCUCUGUCCAUCGCCUUUGCUUCCUCUUUUUCCUUCUUCCCC